CUUUACCUGUGACACUGCGUCACUGACCAGAACUCCUCGCGCCCACUUCCGCAGCUCACCUGCGAUAUCCUGCCUGAAUGCCACGCGUGUUGUUUUUAACAAGCUAUUUAUUGUAGUUUAAGGCGUUUGACGUGUCGGACCGGUCCGGCAGGUUUGUGCAGGGGCAAAGCAGGUGAGGCAGCGGGGGAAGAAGGGCGGGGAGUUGCCGCCGAGCUCUCUACAAGCAGGAAGAAGAGGAUAACAUGGUACGGUGACAAAUCGCCUGGACACAGACUGAGAACAGGAUUCAACUUUUUUUUUUAUACAUAUAAAUCUGCGAAGGACACGGAAUACCCGAGUUGACAAGAUGAGUCGUCCGCGUGCAGACUCCGAUGGUUCUCUGGAGCCUGAUGAUGAGGUCAUGCCUUACAGUGACGAUGAGACAGAUGACGAAUUGGAUGAAAGCUCUGAAGGGGAACCAGAACCACCUGGCGCCUUGCAUCCCCCAGCGGAUGCUAGACCCAGCGAGAUGGCAUGGAAGGUGAAAGCCAAUGACCGACCUUAUCACCACCUGCCAGAAUUUAAGAAAAAAGUCUUCCUGUGCAUCAAGAAGAGCAGAUACUCUGGAAACGCCAUCAAGACGUACAAGUACAAUGUCCUCACCUUCCUCCCUCUGAACCUGUACGAGCAGUUUAAGAGAGUUGCCAACCUCUAUUUCCUGGUUCUGCUAAUCUUACAGAUUAUUCCAGACAUUGCUACUCUGCCCUGGUACACCACACUGAUUCCUCUAGUCGUGGUGCUUGGAGUCACUGGCAUCAAAGACCUGGUGGACGAUCUGGCGCGGCACAGGAUGGACAAGGAGAUCAACAACAGGAAGUGUGAGGUCCUGCUUGAUGGCAGGUUUCAAGAGUCAAAGUGGAGGGACAUGCAAGUUGGAGAUGUGGUUCGAAUGAAGAAGAACGACUUUAUUCCAGCUGACAUCCUGCUGUUAUCCAGCUCCAACCCAAACAGCCUGUGCUAUGUAGAAACCGCUGAGCUCGACGGAGAGACCAACCUGAAGUUUAAGCUGGGACUCAGAGUGACUGAUGAGAGACUGCAGGAUGAGCGUCAGCUGGCUGAGUUCAAUGCUCUGAUCGAGUGCGAGGAGCCGAACAACCGCCUGGACAAGUUCAUGGGAACGAUGCUGUAUGAGGGAAAGCGUUACCCUCUGGACCUGGACAACAUGCUGCUCCGCGGCUGCAAGAUCAGAAACACUGAGGUGUCUCACGGCCUGGUCAUCUUCGCAGGAGCCGACACUAAAAUCAUGAAGAACGGCGGGAAGACGAGAUUCAAGAGGACCAAAAUUGACGAGCUGAUGAACUACAUGGUUUACUCGAUCUUCGUGCUGCUGAUCCUGGUGGCGGCAGGUCUGGCCAUCGGUCACACCUAUUGGUACGAGGCUAUCGGCUCUAAGGCCUGGUAUCUGUUCGACGGCAAAAAACAGGACUCCUCCUACAGAGGCUUCCUCAUGUUCUGGGGAUACAUCAUCGCCCUUAACACCAUGGUGCCCAUUUCACUAUAUGUCAGUGUGGAGGUGAUUCGUCUGGGCCAGAGUAAGUUCAUCAACUGGGACCUGCAGAUGUAUUUCUUAGAGAAAGACACACCAGCUAAGGCUCGAACCACCACCCUGAACGAGCAGCUCGGUCAGAUCGAGUACAUCUUCUCCGACAAGACGGGAACUCUCACACAGAACAUCAUGCAGUUCAAGAAGUGCACAAUCGCUGGGCGCAGCUACGGUGAACCGACUACAGCUGCGGGAGUGGUACUGGAGCGAGUAAGGCCGGUGGACUGGAGCUGGAACCAGUAUGCUGACAGAAGUUUCCAGUUCGUGGAUCAUUCCCUGGUGGAAUGCAUCCGAUCCGGGAAGGACAAAGAUGUUAAUGAGUUCUUCAAACUGCUCUCUCUCUGUCACACAGUCAUGGUGGAGCACAAAGACGAUGGUCUGGUGUACCAGGCGGCGUCUCCUGAUGAGGGCGCCCUGGUGACGGCAGCCAGGAACUUCGGCUACGUCUUUCUGUCUCGUACGCAGGACACCAUCACCAUCAAGGAGAUGGAGGAGGAGAGAACCUACGAGAUGUUGGCGCUGCUCGACUUCAACUCCGACCGCAAGCGCAUGUCUAUCAUCUUGAAGUUUCCUGAUGGUCGUAUUCGUCUCUACUGUAAAGGAGCCGACACUGUCAUCUACGAGCGACUUUCCCCCAAAUCCAGACACAAAGAAACUACCCAGACAGCUCUGGAUAUCUUUGCCAAUGCGACUCUGCGGACGCUGUGCUUGUGUUACAAAGACAUCAGCGCAGACGAGUACGAAGCCUGGUCCGAGUUACACCAAGAGGCACAGGUGGCCAUGUCGGACAGAGACGCUGCCCUCGACCGCGUGUACGAGCAGAUUGAGAGCAACCUGAUGCUGAUUGGGGCGACAGCCAUUGAGGACAAAUUGCAGGACGGAGUGCCGGAGACCAUCGCCAAAUUGGCCAUGGCCGACAUCAAGAUCUGGGUCCUGACCGGAGACAAGAAAGAAACGGCAGAGAACAUUGGAUAUUCUUGUUCACUUUUGACAGACGACAUGCAGAUCCACUACGGAGAAGACGUCAAUGACAAGUUGAAGGUCCGUCAGGCCAACAGGAGACUCGAGCCUGCAACUUACCGUCGGGGCAAAAAGAAACCUGCGGAGGCUUUCUUCCCCGAGCCGGGCAAAAACGCUCUCAUCAUCACCGGAGGAUGGCUGAAUGAGAUUCUGUACGAAAAGAAGAAGAAACGCCGUCGUCUUCGUCUGCGGCGUCUGGGAAAGCGACCGCCUCCCAGCAACCCUCAGGACUGCCAGCCGAUGGACGACUGGGAGAAGGAGAUGAGACAGAUUGACUUUGUGGACAUGGCCUGUGAGUGCGAGGCGGUCAUCUGCUGUCGCGUCACACCGAAGCAGAAGGGUAACGUGGUGAGUUUGGUGAAGAAGUACAAGAAAGCCGUGACGCUGUCCAUCGGCGACGGAGCCAAUGACGUCAACAUGAUCAAGACUGCAGACAUCGGUGUUGGUAUCAGUGGUCAGGAGGGGAUGCAGGCUGUCAUGUCCAGCGACUACGCCUUCGCUCAGUUCCGUUACCUGGAGCGCCUCCUGCUGGUGCACGGACGCUGGUCUUACAUCCGAAUGUGCAAGUUCCUGCGUUACUUUUUCUUCAAGAACUUCGCCUUCACACUGGUCCACUUCUGGUACUCGUUCUUCAGUGGAUACUCCUCACAGGUUGCCUAUGAAGACUGGUUCAUCACUCUCUACAAUCUCUGUUACAGCAGCCUCCCCGUUCUACUAGUUGGACUUCUUGACCAGGAUGUGAACGACAAACUGAGCCUGAAAUUCCCCAAACUCUACCUGCCUGGCCAGCAGGGGGCAUUGUUUAACUACAAGAACUUCUUUAUCAGCUUGUUCCACGGCAUCUUUGUCUCGCUCGUCAUCUUCUUCAUCCCGUAUGGAGCCUUCCUGCAGACCAUGGGGCAGGACGGAGAAGCCCCUUCCGACUACCAGUCCUUUGCCAUCGUCACUGCUUCGUCGCUCAUUUUCACAGUCAACCUGCAGAUCUCUCUGGAGACCUCUUACUGGACAUUUGUUAACUGCUUUGCGGUUUUGGGCAGCAUAGCCAUCUACUUUGGCAUCAUGUUUGAUAUCCACAGUGCCGGGAUCCACGUCAUCUUCCCCUCAGUGUUCACCUUUACUGGUGCAGCGUCAAACGCACUGCGUCAGCCCUACCUGUGGUUAACCAUCAUCCUGACUGUGGGCAUCAGCCUGCUCCCUGUCAUCUGCAUCCAGUUCCUCCAUAAGAGCAUCUGGCCCUCUGUAGGAGAUAAGAUCCAGAGAAACAGGAAGAAGUACGAGAUGGAGCUGUUACAGGAGGAGAAAAAGAAAAAGGCACCAGCCUUCGAGCGUGGCCGGCGUUCCCGCCGCUCCGCCUACGCCUUCUCUCACUCUCGUGGCUACGCCGACCUCAUCUCGUCUGGGCGGAGCAUUCGCCGGCGACCGGCGGCCCGUGGCAUAUUCCAGGAAAGCAUCAGAGAGGUUCCCCAGACAGCAGCCGAAAACAUCUGACGGGGCUGAGCGGGAGAUGGAGCAAAACUAGCCAGAGGCGUUGUAAAUAUUUGGAGAAAAGUUCAAGGAGUGCUUGGUUUAUCUUCAUUUUUAUCUGUGGAGUUGCUGCUGGAAUGGUCAACAUGGAAACUCUGCACAGAACAGACAGCCUGGUUGGAGUUUAAAGGGACCUCUUUCUUUGUGGUAUUCAAGUCCCUUAGAGGAAGGUAAAGGUAUAGCGCUCCUAAAGUCACUCGUCUUAUAGAAAUAAAAUGAGCGGCUUUGCAGAAAGUUAAAUUAAGCACUACUGAAUGCGUCUUUGCUGCAGUCUGUGACUCACUGCCUGUUAUCCUCUGUGCACAAACUCUUGUUAAAAUGCAAAGGGGAAAAAAAAAGCUCACCGACGAGACAGCCUUCGUUACCGGGAUUUGAGGUCAUGCAGCGAGUGUGUGACUGACAAUGUUGUUUAACUCAGGAUUUUGUUUUUUACAUUUUUUAAGUCAUUUUUCCAAGCUUACCACUACUGUGGCUGGAUAUGGAGCUGUAACGUUAUUUAAUAUCACACUUUCUUGACAUUCAAAGCUUUAGCCCUAUGUCUGUGAAGCACUUGAAAUGUUGGCGUUUUAUUAAAGUUUAAAAAAAAUGCAUAUUCCAGUCAAGCUGUCCGUUAUCUCCAUGAAAUCAGAUCACAACAUCUGUUAGGAUGCAAAUCCAAAGAUGUUCCUUCACAUGGGCUAAAGCUAGACAUGUCAAAGUAUCCUCUUUUAAUGUUUUAUUAUAAAUAAUGCUGGGAUGUUACCAUGCCAGGCUGUGCAAGGUGGUCAGAUGUUAUAAAGUAUCUUAAUUUAAAAAUAAGUUGUGAUAUCUCCUCUGCUGUAUAAAAUGUCCCAAGUGGCCUUACAGAUGGAUGUUGAACUUAAUAUUUGGGGGAUUUCAGCCUUAAAACCUUUUUAAAUACCUAUUUCAAACCCAAAUUCUAACCAAUUAUUAUUUGUUCUAUACCUCAUCUUCGUUCUUUUUAAUUUACCUAAGAUGCUGUGAACACACUGUAGGGACUACCUACCUUCCACAGUGGGAAAGAAACGCAGCAAAAAGGUCUAGGUUUAUAUUUAAUAAUGUCUUUGUGCGUGUGUGUGAUUGUGUGUGUUUAACAAGCCCAAAGCAGAUGUUUUGACAUGCUUUUUCCAGUCCUAUAAUUUAGGAUAUUCGCUAAUCAGUGCUAGGCCAAAACUGACAAAUUCCUGUUCUGACUUUCACUACAUCACCUUCAUGCUAGUGUUAAUGUAUGCAGAUGAUGUCUUUUUAUUACUGAAUGAAUGGAAGUGGUAGUUGACGACUGUUUAUUGUACCAACAACUGUUUGCUCUGUCAUCUGAUGGUGUUUUAUCAUGCGGUUGUUAAUAAAAGCCAAGGGCACAUUUAGCAAUCUGAAA